AUGGCCUCACUUUUGUUACAACGCGAACGCGAAGAAGACAUCGCAGCGCAAAUCGAUGAGCAGUUUGUAGUGCUCAAGUUCUGCGCUGCGCUGUCCGGGAUAAGACUCUUGUAUGCUGCAAGUCUGUGCUCGGCUCAAGUUAUAACUCUCCGGCUUGGAAGACUUUACGUACUGACGUCUUAUACCGUAAUGGUUUUUUCAUACACAAAGCAGCAACUUGCCGAAUGGGCCCGUGGCCAUCACUGA